AUGACGUUCUACCCUAGCAGCGCGGCCGAGACUGCCGGGUUAUGCGCCGUCAUCGAGCGACUUACGCCAUCGUUUGCCAGCCUUGCGUUGGCGGCUGACAAAGGCCGCCGCGGGGAUUUGAACCGCGCAUUGAGCGACUGGAAGACGGGCACCGCAGGCCGCAUCCGCGACAUUGCGCUGCCAAAGUUGGGGCUUUUCAGAGACGCGCGGGACAAGCGCAGCCCAUGGGCGGCACCCAAGGCACGAAGCGCGUCCAGGGUGAAGGAGCGCAUUGGCCUGACGCUUGAUGGGAAGGGUACGUGGGGGGUUGGAGGGCGGGGGCGCGGUCUGCUGAACCUUGGGUUGGAGGGGGUGUUGGUUAGUGGCUUACGUGCUUUCAAUGUUAAUGUGCAGGUGACCGAUGCGAUUCGUUUCUGGGACACCCGCAAGGGAAGGCUGUCCAACUCUGCGGGUGUCAACGCCCAGAUCGUCGACGGACUCCGCGAGUGCGCGCUCGUGGACGUAAUGGCUGCCAUCGAGCAGUUCCAGCCGGUCUAUGACCCCACGACGUCCUCCUGGGCGUGGGGUCGCCAUGGACUGCGCCUGUCCGCAAGUGGCAUCGAGCACCACGAGGGCGAAGCACAGGCGCCCAGCGAGAGCGCUGGGGAUGCGGACGACGCGUCCUUAACUUGA